GACCUCAGGAAAGCAGACAAUCCCAUUGUGUUCGCCAGCGAUGGCUUUGUAUCCGUCACGGGAUACAGUCGAUCACAGAUCGUGCCGCGAAACUGCCGAUUCUUGCAAGGGCAAGAUACAGACCGAGAAGCAGUCGCUCGAUUGCGAGAGUGUAUUCGGACAGGUCAGGAGUCUGUCGAACUGUUGCUCAACUACAAGGAGAACGGCGAGCCGUUCUGGAACCUGUUAUAUUGCGGUCAGUGA